AUGGCUGAUACCAGAAAAUACCUCCCCACUCAGCAACUAGACCUUCCCCAGAUAUUGCAAGAAGCCAAGGAUCGUUGGCUCCGGCCAGCUGAAAUUUGUGAAAUACUUCGCAACUUUCAGAAUUUUGAGUUAACUGCAGAUCCGCCCGUCAGGCCUCCAGCUGGUUCUUUGUUCCUGUUUGAUCGAAAAGCACUCCGGUAUUUUCGUAAAGAUGGUCACCGCUGGAGGAAGAAAAAGGAUGGAAAGACUGUCAAAGAAGCCCAUGAAAAGUUGAAGGCUGGCAGUGUAGACGUUCUUCAUUGUUACUAUGCCCAUGGGGAGGACAAUUCAAAUUUUCAACGGCGGAGUUAUUGGAUGCUUGACAUGCAUUUACAGCACAUUGUUCUUGUCCAUUACAGAAAUGUGGGAGAGGCGUACCAGUCUGGUGUCCCUUGUUUGCUGGCAGAUCCAGGGUCACAGGUUGCAAGCCCUCAAAGUGUUUCAGCACCUUUCUCUGCACAGGCAAACUCACCUGCCCCUACAGGUCAAACAUCUUUUGCUUCAAGUCCAAACAGAGUUGACUGGAAUGGAAAAACAUUGUCUACAGAGUUUGAGGAUGUGGAUUCUGGGGGAGAUGCAGGAACUUCAUCUGUUGCCCAAACUAUGUUUGGUUCCGUUUUGCAUAAUGCUUCUCUUCGUUCACAAGUUGGAGGAUUUCCUGAGUCAUUCAGGGAUCCCCUUAGUUCGUGGUAUGCUGGACCUAAAUUCGCUCAUGGUGCUGGUUCAUCUAUCUGGAAUGGAAUGGAUAGCUCAACAAGAACUGAGCACAGCAUGCAUGACCAAAACCUUUUUGUUGAAGCACCUAACAGAGCUGACUUCAUAACUCAUAAGCUAACAGAUGCUAGAUUAGAUGUUGAUUGUAGAGUCAACAAUGUAACUUGUGAAGAUAAGUUGACCACUGAAAUAGAUGUCCAGGUUGCCACAGCAUCUUCUCAGAGAGAAGCGCAGGUGUCAAAGGAGCAUGACUUUAAUGUAUUUCACCCUCAGGUUCAAGAUUAUUCUGAUCCUCAAGUGGUUGUCAAUUCUUCCAACCAAGUUGAAGAGAACUCUAGAGAUGGUGGCAUGCGCAAUGCCGAAUCAGUAGAGCUUAAGAAACUUGACAGCUUUGGGAGAUGGAUGGAUAAAGAAAUUGGUGUGGAUUGUGAUGAUUCCUUGAUGGCUUCUGACUCUGGCAAUUACUGGAGUCCACUUGAUGCAGAGAAUGGUGAUAAGGAAGUAUCCAGUUUAUCACAUCAUAUGCAUCUGGAUAUAGAAUCACUUGGCCCCUCUCUUUCCCAAGAACAACUAUUUUCUAUUCAUGAUUUUUCGCCAGAUUGGGCUUAUUCAGAAACUGAAACAAAGGUUUUAAUAGUUGGUAGUUUUCUGGGAAGCAAGAAGCAUACCACUGAGACUAAGUGGGGAUGCAUGUUUGGUGAAAUAGAAGUUUCUGCUGAAGUUCUGUCUAAUAAUGUCAUUCGAUGUCAAACUCCAUUACAUGCUCCUGGGUGUGUUCCAUUCUAUGUGACCUGCAGAAAUAGGUUAGCCUGCAGUGAGGUGAGGGAGUUUGAAUAUCGAGAGAAACCCAUUGGAAACACUUCAAAAGAUGAUGAAUUGCGCUUUCAGAUACGUCUAGCAAAACUCUUGAGCUUGGGCUCAGAGAGAAAGUGGUUGGAAUGUACUGCUCUAGAUUGUGAUCAAUGUAAGCUCAAAAGUUCCAUAUUUUCAAUGAGAAACAACAGAGAAAGUGAUUGGGAAAGAAUUGAUGGGGCUUCUGUGGCGUGCAAAAGUGAUCACUUGACCCAUAGAGAUGUCUUGAUUCAGAAUUUGUUAAAGGAUAGACUUUGUGAAUGGCUAGUCUGUAAAGUUCAUGAAGGAGGCAAAGGACCACAUGUUCUGGAUAAUGAAGGCCAAGGUGUUCUACAUUUGACUGCUGCUCUUGGUUAUGAGUGGGCCAUGGGUCCAAUAAUUGCUUCUGGCAUUAGUCCCAAUUUCAGAGAUGCUCGCGGAAGAACAGGGCUUCACUGGGCAUCAUAUUUUGGAAGAGAGGAAACUGUCAUCGCGUUACUUAGAUUGGGUGCCGCGCCAGGUGCAGUCGAGGACCCAACGUCAGCAUUUCCUGGUGGACAAACUGCUGCUGAUCUAGCCUCGAGCAGAGGGCAUAAAGGGAUUGCUGGAUAUUUGGCCGAAGCAGAUUUAACCAGUCACCUAGAGACGUUGACCAUGAAUGAGAACAUAGUGAACAAUGUUUCUGCAACGAUUGCAGCUGAGAAGGCCAUUGAGACUGCUGAAGUUAUUGCAACUGAUGUGGUAGUAGAUGAGCAAUACUCUCUCAAAAGCUCUAUGGCAGCUGUUAGGAAAUCAGCUCAUGCGGCUGCUCUAAUUCAAGAAGCUUUCCGGACUCGUUCAUUCCGUCAGAGACAGUUAACUAAGAGCGGAACUGAUGUUUCUGAAGUUCAGUCUCAUGACCUAAUUGCACGUCGUUCCUUGAAGAGAGUCCAAAAGUUUGCUCACUACGAAGAUUAUCUCCAUGUUGCAGCAGCUCUGAAGAUCCAACAAAACUAUCGUGGAUGGAAGGGAAGAAAAGAUUAUUUGAAGAUACGUGACCGUAUUGUUAAAAUUCAGGCUCAUGUAAGGGGACAUCAGGUUCGGAAGAAUUACAAAAAAGUUGUGUGGUCUGUUGGUAUAUUGGAAAAAGUAAUACUGCGUUGGAGGCGAAAAGGAGCUGGUUUGCGAGGAUUUCGGGUGGAAAAAGCUAUUGAAGAUGUAUCCUCGGAGGUCAAGAAAAACGAUGACUAUGAAUUUCUUAGUGUCGGGCGGAAGCAGAAAUAUGCUGGAGUUGAGAAAGCUCUUUCAAGGGUAAGGUCCAUGGCUCGUCAGCCUGAAGCGCGUGAACAAUAUAUGAGGCUACUUUCAAAGUUUGAAAAGCUUAAGAUGGCUGAUGGGGAGAGCUCCAACCAAAUUGAAAGUUCCGACGAAAGAGUGUUAGAUGAGGUUCUGCUUGCACUCACCGAAGGUCAAUGA